GCAUGAGCCAGGGCUGAGCUAGGGACUCGGUCUUGGACUUCGUCUCUGCCCAGUCUCUGGCGCUGCCGUUUGACCAGCUGCCAUGGUGAGCCCAGCUGUCGACAUUAAACGUGGGGCAUCUUCUCCUGCCAGUGCUGGGGCUACACAAGCCUUGUCAAACGUUCAGGAAGAUAUCUAGAGGCGAAGAAGAAGGGACUAUCAGCCCAUUGAGUGCUAGAGAGUGAGAAGCUGCGAGAGAGUGAGAAGUUGCGGAAGAAAUCAAUCAGCAGCUGCGGCUCGCAUUUGGGGUAACCUUUGGAAAGGAGCUCAACCCUUGAUGGCGGGUGUAGUUCCAGGACUGUCUCCGAUGGAAGUGGACGCCGUGCCAAAUGGUGCUCCAGCUCCUUCGAACGGGCACUACGACUCAGACGAUGACGACGCACCCCUGGUCUUUAAGAGGCACACCCCCGCAUCACCUCAGUUGCUGAAACCACCCGUACAGAAUGUGCCUCAAAUAGCCUCCGGCGGCCAUGUAUCCGCACAAUCGGGGGUGACUGGAGUUUCCGCGUCGAAGGAGGAAUCGGACAGCGACGACGACGUGCCUCUGGUGCAACGGCGGGAGAUUCUCCAGGAGGCAGAGCACAAGCCCUCUCCAAUAGCAGUCCAGAAGAAACCUGCCCUGCCAGCCAAGGAGAAACAACUAGGGGGAGAGAAGAACGUGGUGAAGAAGCGGCCUGCAGACGCGCAGAAGACGCAGGCGCCGCCGUCAAAGAAGGCGAAGCCGGAGCCAAGAGCCAGCAGCAGCGAUGAGGACGAUGAUCGGCCACUGUCCGCUGUGAAAGCCUCUGUGAAGAAGACGAGUGCAAAGGUAGAGGGGAAGAAGAAGGUCAAGGUGGAGCAGGUGAAGAAGCCGGUUAAGAAGGAGGCGCCAGCGAAGGCGAAGGCGCCAGAGAGGAAGAAAGCACCCAAGGAUGGAGACGAGAACGGGACCGUGAAGUGGACCACUUUGGAGCACAACGGGGUCAUUUUCCCGCCACCAUACCAGCCACAUGGGGUGAAGAUGCUGUACGAUGGGAAGCCUGUCCAGUUGACACCGGAGCAGGAGGAGGUGGCGACCUUCUUUGCGGUGAUGAAGGACACUGACUGGGCCCAGAAGAAGACGUUCGUCACCAACUUCUGGCACGACUGGUCGAAGCUGCUGGGAAAGAAGCACGUCAUUCAGAAGCUCGGUCCGUGCGACUUCACGCCUAUCUAUGAGUGGCACCUUCAGGAGAAGGAGAGGAAGAAGAGCAUGACGUCCGAGGAGAAGAAGCGGUUGAAGGAGGAGAAGCUGAAAGCCGAGGAGAAGUACAUGUUUGCGCUAGUCGAUGGGGUAAAGGAGCAGGUGGGAAACUUCAGGGUGGAGCCCCCAGGUCUUUUCCGGGGCCGGGGGGAGCAUCCAAAGAUGGGCAAGGUUAAGAAAAGGAUAGUGCCUGAGGACAUCACCCUCAACAUCGGGAAGGACGCGCCCAUCCCGGAGUGUCCAGUUCCAGGGCACAAGUGGGGCGAGAUCCGGCACGACCCCACAGUGACGUGGCUGGCGUUCUGGCACGACCCCAUCAGCCCCAAGGACUUCAAGUACGUGUUCUUGGCACCAAGCAGCAGCUGGAAGGGGCAGAGCGACAUGGAGAAGUACGAGAAGGCGCGCAAGCUCAAGGAUUACAUCGGGGCUAUCCGGGACCAGUACAACCGCGACCUCACUUCCAAGAACACCGAGAACAAGCAGAUUGCCGUGGCGGUCUACCUGAUCGACGUUCUCGCCCUGAGAGCAGGAAACGAAAAAGACGAAGACGAGGCCGACACUGUGGGCUGCUGCUCGCUCAAGAUCCAGCAUGUGAAGCAGAUUCCUCCCACAUCGCUCGAGUUCGACUUCCUGGGGAAGGACUCGAUUCGGUACUUCAACACGGUGCAAGUGAACCACUUGGUCUACGAGGCCAUCGGCUCAUUCAAGAAAGGCAAAAAGUUCGACGACGACCUGUUCGACACCCUGAACACGACCAAGGUGAACACGCACCUCAAGGGGCUGAUGCCCGGCCUUACUGCCAAGGUGUUCCGUACCUACAACGCGUCCUACACGCUGGACAAGCUGCUGGUGGACACUGACGGCACCACGGUGCUGGAGAAAAUUGCGAGCUACCAAAAGGCCAACAAGGAGGUGGCCAUUCUGUGCAACCAUCAGCGGAGCGUGUCCAAGGCGCACGAGGGCCAGAUGGAGAAGCUGAGCCUGAAGCUCAAGGAGGCGGAGGAGGAGCUGGGCUUCCUCAAGGAGGACCUCGCGCGCGCCAGGAAAGGGAAACCGCCCAAGAAGCGGCCGGGGGAGGACAAGGAGAAGAAAGUGCAGCAGCCGGACGCGGUGCAACGGCAAAUAGAGAAAAAGGAGCUCCAGCUGCGCAAGAUUGCGCACGAGAUGGCGCAGAAGGACGACCUCAAGACAGUCGCCUUGGGCACGUCCAAGAUCAAUUAUAUGGACCCGCGGAUCAGUGUUGCCUGGUGCAAAAAGCACGAAGUGCCUAUCGAAAAGAUCUUUAACAAGUCCUUGCUCAACAAAUUUACAUGGGCGCUCGAGGUAGAACCAGAGUAUCGAUUCUGAGUUGAGAGUCGACGCCCUGCCCUGGAGCCGCCGAAACGGAUGAGUUAGUGGUGACAACUUGAUUCUAGUGGAGAUUAUGCAGGCAGGAAAACCUUUAGCUAACAUUAAGCUGAGACCUCAUCCUCCGACAUCUCAUGAUUCCCGUGAACUCAUGGCUUGCAUCAGAUUGGGCUUGCACCUCACCCCAAGAAGUUACUGUCGUCUUUACCUUCCAAAGUUCGUGGAGGAUGCGUCUACCGCCAUCAUUACGGCAGUGCCACAGACAG